GGGGGGAAAAGAAUAAGAAGAAGAAAGAUGGCCGCAGCUAACGCUAGCUAGCUUCUGUGGCUCGUAAAAAUGCUUCGUUCGUCCUUAUUUUUGUGUUCUUUUCUCUCGCGUCGCGGCUCAGUCGAAAGCAGGACGCGGUCCGCCGGCCGUGCGGGAAGCGGAGCCCCGCAGCGCGCCGCCGCGGGGGUUCACUGAGCGGUUUGUAGCACGCAGGGGGGAGGGGUCUCCUCAGGUCAGCUGGCUGUCACUCAAACGUCAGAGAGGAUUGUGGGUAACGGGCGUCAUGGCGGCUCCGGUGAACAUCCAGACUGCCAGUAAGACCUGGGAGCUGAGUCUGUAUGAGCUCCACAGGAGCCCUCAGGAGGCCAUCAUGGACGGGACGGAGGUGGCGGUGUCCCCCCGCUCUCUGCACAGCGAGCUGAUGUGUCCCAUCUGUCUGGACAUGCUGAAGAACACCAUGACGACCAAAGAGUGUCUUCACCGCUUCUGCUCCGACUGCAUCGUCACGGCGCUGCGUUCAGGGAACAAAGAGUGUCCCACCUGCAGGAAGAAGCUGGUCUCCCGGCGCUCGCUGCGCCGAGACUCCAACUUCGACGCGCUGAUCUCCAAGAUCUACCCGAGCCGGGACGAGUACGAGGCCCACCAGCGCCGCGUGCUGGAGCGCCUCAACCGGCUGCACAACAAGGAGGCGCUGAGCUCCAGCAUCGAGGAGGGGCUCCGGCAGCAGGCCCGCUACAGGAACCACCGGGUGAAGAAGCCCACGCAGGAGAGCGACAACACCACCUUCAGCGGCGGGGAGGACAACGGCGACGCUCGUUCCCACCUGUCUCACGACUCCGCCCCCUCGCAAGCCCCCCCGCCUGCGGGCCGGAACCCCUCAGAGGCCGGGCCGAGCCGCAAGCGGCCGCGGGCGUCGGACGAGGGCUCCGGGGCCGAGGCGGACAGCGGCAGCCCCCCCGACCCGCCGCCACGCCGCCACAAGGAGCAGCCGGCCUCGGAGAUCGAGCUGGUGUUCAGGCCGCACCCGGAGCUGGUCCAGGCUGAGGACUACAGCCAGACCAGGUACGUGAAGACGACGGCCAACGCCACCGUGGACCACCUCUCCAAGUACCUGGCUCUCCGCAUUGCCCUGGAGGACCGGCAGACGGAGGGGGCCACGGAGGAGGCCGGAGGACCAGGAGGAGAGGGUCUGAGGAACAUCAGUGAGAAACAAUACACCAUCUACAUCAUGACCAGAGGGGGGCAGUUCUCUACGCUGAAUGGCUCUCUGACUCUGGAGCUGGUCAACGAGAAGUACUGGAAGGUGAGGAAGCCUCUGGAGCUCUUCUACGCCGCCACCAAGGACCAGCAGCCCCCCCCCGAGACAGAAGGAGGGGUGAGCCCCUCCCCCCACCCCCCGGAGGAGAUGGUGUGGCGCUCUUCAACCACACGCUUUUGAUUUUUGAAGGAAGAACAUUCUUGAUACGGUUUGAUAAAGGUUUAAAAUCCAGAUUUAAACAUCACAAUAUUGUUUAUAGAAUCUUAAAAUUGUAGUUUAGUUUAAGUCAACAUUCUUACUGACAAAGUCUGAUUUAAAAAGUAAAAUCAGAAAUAACUUAAUAUGAAUAUUUUUACUCCCCAUGGACCCUUUACAAUUUCUUUCUAAAGACUGAAGCUUUUAUCCAAAAUCCCACAUCUGUCACGUAGUGUUCAGGGCUGGAACCGAUCCCAGCAUGCACUGGGGUACAUUGUACGUGACCUCCACGUCCUGCUUUAAGCCAUAAGUCUCACAUGUGUCCUGCAGCCAUAAACGUUUCUAUGGAAUAUCUGUACUUAAAUGCAUUAUUUGCCCUUUUCCUUCAUCAGCACUAAAAACCCAUCUGGUGUGAGACGAGUCGUGGUGAUUUUAUGGAAUCUUUUCUUCAGCUCAAAACAACCACACAAGCA